UAAGAUAGACAUAAUAGCAUAAUCAAUUGGACCAGAGAAAGGGCAGAUAACCUAAUAAUCUUGUAACCAUAGUAACCAUGAUUUUGUUAUGCUUAGCAACUACGUCAAGUUUGUUUUGUAAAAAUUGCAGGGAGGAGAGAUUUUAAUCUUUGAUUUUUGUAUUUGAAUCGUUUUGAAGUCGUAGCUGAGCAGAAAAAUGCCACCCAAAGGAAAAGGCGGAGCAAAGAGGGCUCCGGCCAUCGUUAUAGAUGGAGUGGACACAUCUGAGAUGACAAGAGAAAAGUUAGAGCAAUUCACUCUCCGUGUCAAAGAGGAAUUAGACAAAGAGAGGGAAGAAAGAAAUUACUUUCAAUUAGAGAGAGAUAAAAUACGCACCUUUUGGGAAAUCACCAGACAACAAUUAGAAGAAGCUAAAGCAGAACUUAGGAAUAGAGAGAGGGCGACAGAAGAAGCAAAAGAGGAGAAUGAAGCGCUUUUAGAAACUGAAAAGCAGAAAAUCAAACAUUUAAAAUAUGAACAACAGGCCGCUGCAGCCGCUUUAAGAGCUGAAAAUUUAGUUGCGUUAAAGGCAGCUAAAGAAGAACAUGCAGAACAAGAACUUGAACUGUUGAACGACAAACGAAUGCUAAGACAAGAAAUAAGAGAGAAAGCUCUUGCCGCUCAAGAUGAAUUGAGAAGAGCGAAAUUAGUACACGCAGAGGAAUUAUCAAAAGCCCGAGAUUAUUUUCAAGAGAAAGCACGUCAGAUAGAAGAUAAAGCUGAAAAAAAACUUCAUGAGACUAAAGUAGAGCUUACUGUGAAGCACAGAAUGGAAAUAGCAGAAGUUGAAGAGAGGAAAAAUAAACAGCUUUCAGAAUUAAUCGCACAUCACGAUCGAGCUUUUACCGACCUCAAGAGUUAUUACAAUGACAUUACACUUAACAAUUUAGGUCUUAUCAGUAGCAUCAAACAGCAAAUGGAAGAAAUGCAGAAAGUAAAAGAACGAGCAGAAAAGAUAGCUAAGGAUGCAGUUGCUGAAGCGAAGAACCUGCGGGAACCUCUGGAAGCAGCGAUUAUUGACAACAAAGAGUUAAAGCGUCAAAUGUCGAAUUAUGACAGAGACAAAGCUGCGUUGGCUGCAAAAACGAAACAGUUGGCAUCAUUAGAAAAGCAAUUCGAAGUAUUGAAAUGGGAAUACGAAGUACUUCAGGUUAGAUUUGACAGGAUAGAGAAGGAACGCAACGAACUGAAGUCGCGGUUCUCGCGUGCCGUUCUUGAAGUGCAGCAGAAGGUUUCCUUGAAGACUUCCCUUUUAGAAGCCAAGUUGCAGAGUUUGGAAGCCAGAGAUUUGGGGCCUAAGGAAAUACAUGAUCUGUUGAAAUUGAAAGACACGCAAAUAGAAGAUCUACAUUACGAGUCAGCGCGGCUCCGGAAAGCUCACGAUGAUCUUCUCGCGACAUAUGAAGCUAAACUUACAAAGCUCGGUAUACCGGCUGAAGAAUUAGGAUUCAAACCUUUGAGAGCAGUCACUGUGGCGGGACUCUCUCCAGUUGUGGGAAUGGGACCUGCGGGUUUAGUCACCAACGACAAAGUGUAGACAAAUAUUAACGAAGAAAAUCGCAAGUAAAAUAGCUUUUUUAAUGAGUACAUUACUAAUAAUUAUUAUGGAAAUGGAUUUAUCAAUUAUACCCAUGUGUAGGAACUUUUCAGUAGUAAGACCAAAAGGUAACUAUAAAAUUUUAGAUAUUGUCUGAAUUAUCAGAUUAUUCGAAUGUAAAUGCGACUUUCAUUUUUAAAUUUAUGUUCAUGUCAUUUAAAAAAUUCUAAGGUUGCACUCAAAAUGUUGCCCAAAUCCUUGCCUGAAAUUUGUUCUGCAGUUUCAA